CAGCAGCAGGAGCAGCAGCAGCAGCAGCAGUGUCUGUACUCGUGGUGGUCACUCAGCAACCGGAACUGGCCUGUCUGCCUCCUGUGCUGCACCUGCUAGAGCCUCUCAGCCAGAUUAUCCUUCACGGGCGGACAGUGACUCUCGUCCGAGACGCUUGCCUAUGUGUGCUGGCGGUGGCGCGGGGAUCAGAAGCAGGCAUGCGGGCGUGCAGGGAGCAAGGCGUGCUUGGAGUGGCUGCCCGCUCUCUUACUUCCAUCACAGACCCUUCCUGUUCAUCUCUUGCAAUGCUAAGCGUUCUGGUCAAUGCUGCAUCUCCCCUCGAUAUCUCCCAUCACGGAGACUCGCUUGCUGCUGCUGUGCCAGCCCUAGCAAG